UGUGUCAGAGCCCGCGUGAGCCGACUCCACCGGCCGUGCAUGCGUGUGCGUGUGUGUGUGUGACGGAGAGAGAGAGAGCGUGUGUGUGAUGCCACGGCACAGGGACGCUCCAGCACUCGGGACGAGACGCGCUAACACACGCUCCUCCUGGAUUAAUUCCUGAGCGCGGGGAUGGAUGCGGAGCGCAGCAUCAGCAUCAGCACCGGCCGCCGGUGCGUCUCCAACUUGGCCGGAACCAGACGAUGGGAGUAGCUGAGCGCCUCUGCUGCAGAGGUUACUCCUACAACUGCUGGCCCCUGGGACACGCCGCGAGGAAGAGCAGGAGAGGAGGAAGAGAGCUGCGCUCCACGGGACUCUCGCCGUUACGCACGGAUCCACAGCGACGCGGGGAUGCGAGCGACAACCUGCUGCCUGCUUCCUUCACCUCUGCUGGAUCUUACUCCAGGGACGGAACAUGUCCCCUCGCUCCUGACUCGCGCAGACUAAUUGGGUGCCAAUUAACAACCGCCUGUGGGCUUCGACCCCCUCCCCUCUUUACCUAAAGCUGCCCCCCCUCCCCAUCUUCCUCAUCCUCCUCCUCCUCCUCAUCAAGUGGAUUUUGUAUUUUCGGAGAGCGGACACAUGGUGGAGGUCAUGAGCGUCCCGCGGUGUGGAAGCGGCGACUCGGGGAUCUGAAUCGAGCUCACCUUGGAGGUCACCCACCAACACCCCCCCUCCCCCGCCCUCCUCUUCCUUCUCCUCUUCCGAAGUUUCCUUUAAAAUAACAGACCUCAGAGCUUCAGUCCUGCCUCCAACACUGGCAACAUGAGACUCUCCAAAAUGUGCCGACUAAACGCGCUGGGGAUCUAUUUGUGGGAAACGGUAGUGUUCUUCAGCUUGGCGGCGUCGAAAGAAGCCGCGGCGAGGAAAGCCGCCUCGCCGAUGCCGCCCUCUGAGUUCUUGGACAAACUCAUGGGCAAAGUCUCGGGCUACGACGCCAGAAUUCGACCGAACUUUAAAGUGUUCAACAAAGACCCCAAAGGCUCCAAAAAUGAGGCUACUCACAAGAAAGGUCCGCCUGUAAACGUAACCUGCAACAUUUUUAUCAACAGUUUUGGGUCCAUUGCUGAGACAACAAUGGACUACAGAGUGAACAUCUUCUUGAGACAGCAGUGGAACGACCCCCGGCUGGCCUACAGCGAGUACCCCGACGACUCGCUGGACCUGGACCCCUCUAUGUUGGACUCAAUCUGGAAACCUGAUUUGUUCUUCGCCAACGAGAAGGGCGCCAAUUUCCACGAGGUCACCACUGACAACAAGCUGCUACGCAUUUCCAAAAACGGCAAUGUGCUUUACAGCAUACGAAUAACACUGGUCCUGGCUUGUCCCAUGGAUCUGAAGAACUUCCCCAUGGACGUCCAGACCUGCAUAAUGCAGCUAGAGAGCUUCGGCUACACCAUGAACGACCUCAUAUUCGAGUGGGACGAGAAGGGGGCCGUGCAGGUCGCCGACGGAUUGACGUUACCUCAGUUCAUCCUCAAGGAGGAGAAGGACCUGCGCUACUGCACCAAACAUUACAACACCGGCAAGUUCACCUGCAUCGAGGCUCGGUUCCACCUGGAGCGUCAGAUGGGCUACUACCUGAUCCAGAUGUAUAUCCCGUCUCUGCUCAUCGUCAUCCUCUCCUGGGUCUCCUUCUGGAUCAACAUGGACGCCGCGCCGGCCCGAGUGGGUCUGGGCAUCACCACUGUGCUGACCAUGACCACGCAGAGCUCCGGUUCCAGAGCCUCGCUGCCCAAGGUGUCCUACGUGAAAGCCAUCGACAUCUGGAUGGCCGUGUGUCUGCUGUUCGUCUUCUCAGCCCUGCUGGAGUAUGCCGCCGUCAACUUCAUCGCCCGCCAACACAAGGAGCUGCUGCGCUUUCGGCGGAGGCGACGACACAUGAAGGAGGAUGAGACGGGCGAGGGCCGCUUCAGCUUCCCAGGCUACGGCAUGGGCCCCGCCUGCCUGCAGGCCAAGGACGGCAUGGCCAUCAAGGGCAACAACAACAACGCCCCAGCGUCGGCCGCGCCAGAGAAGAGCAUCGAGGAGAUGAAGAAGCUCUUCAUCAGCCGGGCCAAACGCAUCGACACUGUGUCCCGUGUGGCGUUCCCGCUCGUCUUCCUCAUUUUUAACAUUUUCUACUGGAUCAUUUACAAGAUCAUCCGCAGCGAGGACAUCCACAAGCAGUAGUCCAACAAAAUAACUCGCCGCCUCUUUUUCACCACCCGACUUGUCAUUGCAAUGAGGGACAUUUGUGGCCCCUCCCACCUGAAGACUUCAACGCUUUUCUUUGCCUUUACCCUACGACCGAGUCUCAUCCGUCUCUUUAAGCCUCCCGAUUAGUCCGGACCAGUGCAAUAGCAAUGCAGUAAAAUGCAUGAAAUAUGAAUGUGGCAAUAUAUUUAAGAAAAGAUUUGAAAAAACAGACUUGCAGGCGCAACAAACUGCGAGGAAGAGGACGAGCGAGGAGACUUCUCUUUGAUUUUGGGAUUAUUUUUAUGCGCAAGGAUGGAUCUAUUAUUCUAUAUGACAAAGCGAUGUUUGGACAGAGAGCGGGAGAUGUAAUAUAUAUAUUUAUCAAACAUGAUUUUCAAAGGGAAAAAGUGAGUUUUCUUUAAAAAAAACAAAACAGGAAGAAGGAGUAGUGCUUCCAUUCAACACACGAUGCAAGGAUCAUGGACUUUAUGUAUAUGAAUAUAGAAAUUGCUUCAAAUGUGUAUUGCCGGCACUCGCUUUCCCUCCUCUCCCCCCGCCGUCGACACCCCCCGAAUCCCGACCUGCUGCCGCUGUCAAUCACGCAAGAAGAAAACAGCGCUGGACGACGGAGAAAACAAGAACAUUUCUGUGUGAGCUCAACGUUUACCUCUUUGGUUUGUUUCAUGCAUUUGUUUCUUCAUUCAUGUGCCAAACAAACUGGUGUCUGUGCACCUUCCUCCCUCUAGAGGACAUUUUGAUGUCAAUCUGUGACAAACUUUUCUUUUCUCGAGCAGAUCCUGGACAGUGUUGAGAAAAAAAACAAAAAAAAAAAACACCCUACGUUUGCUUUUCCUCGUUGUGCUCAUCAGGACUGAGAACAUUGUUUACAUCUUAUUAGUGCUUCCUUGCUUUGACCCCGCCUUAAUGUGACUCCCUCUUCCCGCCCCCUUCACCUGAGCGGGCCUACGUAGUGGAUAUACAGAUUAUAACACCUUUUGUACCUUAAUUAACUGUCGUCUCAUCUCAUCCACACGCACCGAUGUAGCGGAACACGUCAUGAAAUACACCAGGAUGUCAUCGCAAAAGCUGGGAAAGCUUACGCUUAUUAACAGUUUUGUUUUGUACUUUGCUUCUCUAUGCAACGAUCCGUAUAUGCAAUUGUGUUCUCCACUUUUCUGCACCGCUAGCUGGCAGGCGCCAUUUCAAACAAUUCACUCAUGACUGAUGAGGCAAAGCUGGAAGCAAAUCGAAUUGUUUUAAGUGAAGAACAUGGACGGGGUUCGACUGUGUUAGCAGCAGUUGAUGGCUACAAUCUGUUCAGUGACAACAAAGAUGCUAUAGUCUGUAAGCCGAGAAGCUAAUGUCGUGCUUAACAAAAAUCCCUCAGUAAAAUAGGUAGUGACACUUUAACAUAGUUAAGCAACCCAAUCUGUAACAAAUUUAGGUGAGAAAAAGCCAAAAGUUUUGGAGGGAAAUCCUGGUCACAUGACGAGCCACAUAUCUCCAGGUUUGUUCACAACUUGCAUAGCGUUCCUUUAACAUCCGAAACAAUGAAAGUAAUUCACAUGACACACCAUGUGGGACUAACAUGCAAUAUUGACGACUCGUUGUUUUUGUAGGUGGCUAGCUUAGCAAGCAUAUUUUAGCACAGCUGCUUAUUUUUGUGCUGCGUCGGUGUCGUUCAUGUGACCAGUGGUCUGCAAACAUUGAUACAAUGUGAUCAAAUUGAGGAACAAUUCGCCAAACGUAUGUCAUUUAGCUAAAAAGCUAAAAGGAAUUCAGAAUAAAAACCCAGCCUAGUCACGUGAAAAACAUCAUCCAGAGCACUUGAGUGCUACAUAAAGUGGAGAUGUAACAAAGCAGAGUCCAUUGAUUUCUCUUGGCUGAGGCGUGCUAACUGGGUGCGAAUGCUGCGUUCUACGAGUGCUCAGAGGUCGUAAGAGUUUGAGCUCACGCGAGUUAGAAACCAAGAAGCUGCUCAAACAACACUAAAGUACACAGUUUGUUAAAUGCAUGUUUCAAUUUAAGUCGGAUCGGGACUCGAUAAGACACAAGUCAAGGUCAAUCACAUGAUCCAACACUUGAAAUAAGAUCAAGGCCAAGGCCAAAAAUAAAGUGUAUUUACUCGAAACACAAUUCAAAAUCAGUCUAUUUCAAUUGCUAAAGGCUAAAUUAAGCAUGUCUGAAUUCGGAAUGAAAAACACCUUCACCGCUGGCUCACCCUGGUCUUUCUUCUUGAAGCACAAACAUCUGCUCACAAUCUUUCAUGGCUUCUUUCUGAAUCAAUUGGCAACGCUUCCUGUUCAAUGUUGACAUCUAUUAUCACUAACUGAACAAUGUACACCAUCAUCUUGUUUGUUAAAGACUUCAAAUGAGUUUCUCAUUUUGAGCUGGCCACUUCAAAUGACUAGGUGGGCCCCCGAAUAUGACACACCCUCGGCAAAACAUCACCUUUAAUUUCAUAUAUCGCUGUUGCGGGAACGGACCGUGGCACAACAUCCUCUCCGAACUUCUGAGCACGAUGGGAACGCACCAUUUACCAGGAAGUGAAUAAACGACUGACAAGUAAACGUUUCCAUUUGUGGCACAACAACCGUCAACGUCGGCUCUAUUCUUGUUUCACGACUCGACGUGUGAGAUCUGAAGGGCUAUGCCACAUUUUCUGAUUUAUUUGAUGAGAAGCUUAGACAUGUGAUGCAUUUUAGUCACACAUCUUUGAGAAUAUUGUUGAUUUGGCUUUCAUUCGAUAGCGACAUGAGUGAACUCAUUUUGUCUCAUUGGCAUCACCAGCUAUUGUAAUCCAACCAACAAGGUUUGUUAUCGGAGGUGUGCGAGACGAUGCUGCUACUGGCAUCCGAUCAAAAUGUUUCUUGAAAAGCUCAGCGUCGACUCAACAACAAAUACAAAUGCGUCAAAAGACGCCGUUUGAGAGGAACCAAAAAGUGUUUUACAACAAAACCAAUUCAUGUCCAAGGUAAAAUAUUAAAUGCUAUUUGUUUAUAAUUAAUAGAAUCCUACAGUGUGAUAUAUAGUUCAAAUAUUUAUUCAUGUUUCAAUGUAUUUUUUUUGUACAAAAUAAUAUUUAAAUAUUUGUUUAUUAAUGAUUCACUUAAAGGUUAGGUAGAAUAUAUUAAUAUUUCAAUUAUGCCAGGGAAACUAUUUUUAUUUCAUUGAUUUAAAAUAAAAUCAAGAUUGUGUUUUUAAAAAUAAACAAGAUGAGAAUAAAUAUUUAAAUAGAAAUGGUGUGAAGGGCAAGAGAGUCAACAGUAAUAUUCAUUGUGAUUUUUACGUCACUUUCUUCUCAAUUAAAUAUGAAAUAAGGUCAAGUUUAAAUAUGAAUUAAAAGGUGCACAGUUCCGUCACGAAAUCAUGCAGUUAAAAUGUUACUUGUCACGAUGAGGAUAAACUGGAGUGUAAUGUGAAUCUGGUGGACGACUAGUGAGCCAUGUUUCUAUUCCGCACUUCCGUGUCUGCAGCAUGUUUUAAUCACCACACACUGUUUUAACCGACAGGAGCAACUUUGGACACGAGCAACAGCGCCAUCUAGUGUUGACUACUACGUGCCAUUCAGUUCUGUGUAUUUUAUACGUCUUUUUUGUGCCAUACAGGGUUGAAUAUGCAAAUAAAAAAAAAGGACCUAACGCAUAUCAUGCAUUCAUUCAACCACUCGUCGUCACUGUUGGGGAGGGAGUCGGGGCCCUGGCUGCGAGAGAGGGUUCGUGUUGUGUUCCGAAGACUUGUGUUUGGGUUUAACCGUAGCAUGGUUCAUUUAAAUGAAUUACAUCAGAGGUUUGGUUCUUGUGUGUACUUGUACAAUCCUGCAAUGGGGGAGGGGGGGAGGAUCCCAAAACUGCUGUGAAUUAAAGGAGUUAUGAAUUAUUUUUUUCUUUGCACAAGCUGGAAUGGCCUUAACUUUUGUUUUCUUUUUAAGCUUUGAUCGUGUGAUGGCACAAAGUGCACCGUUUCAUUUGCAAAAAUGCUCAUUAUAAUCUGACAACAAAGCAGGAUAAAGUGAAAAAAAGAAAAAAAAGGCGAAUCCUUUUUUAUUUUCAUUAAUCUGAGAAACAAUAUUUUGCAUGAAUAUAAACACAAUGGCAGAUAUUUUGGCUUGUACAAAAAAAUGUGAAGCAAUUUGAUGAAAAAAAAAAAAAAGAAUGUACCAUUUCUGCUUUAUCUGUAUAUAUCUAAAUAUUUAUUGAAAUGUGUCAUACUACUAAUUCUAUUAACCAUUGAAGGUUUUCUGAACAAAAAUCUUUUUGAACAUUGUCAAAGGUUGUUGGAGUUGGAUCUUCUGCUUUCUGUUCCUCGACUCAAGGAUCUGUGUAACCAAGAAAAGUUAUUAAAAAUUGCAAAUAAAUCCUCGCAGUGGGGUUGGAUUCAUU